AUGGAUGAGGAGAAGCUUCCGUGUGAGUUGAUUGAAGAGACGCUCUCUCGUGUCCCUCCUAAAUCUCUUGUGCGCUUCAGAACCGUUUCUAAGCAAUGGAACUCCCUUUUCGACGAUAAGACGUUCAUCAAAAACCACAAGAUGACAUUUCGAUUCAUCUUAGCAACCAAAUCCAAGUUCUACUCGGUAAGCAUCACUCCAAAGAUACAAGUGCGUGAGCUAACUUUAGAUAUUCCCGAUUUAGAAUUACAUGCACCUAAAAAAUUGGUAGAUUGCAACGAGUUCUUGCUGUGUGGCAUGGAUAAAGGAGCCGUGGUUUGGAACCCGUGGUUAGGACAGACUAGAUGGAUCGAGCUUAACCAACCUAGUUUGUAUUUCAAUGGAGUAGGUUAUGAGUAUGGUAACAGGAGACUUUUGGAGAGUGGUUACAAGACCCUUGUGUCUUAUCAGAAGGAAUCAGACCCUACCAAAACAGUUUGGCAAAUCCAUGACAUUUCCUCCAAUGCGUUGAAAGACAUAGUGUUGCAAUCUGGCGGUGGUAGUAGUAGUACUACUACUAAGGGAGAAAAUAAUGCUAUUAUACACGGCGAAAGUGUAUCACUGAAUGGAAUGUUGUAUUGGGUUGCUUCUUAUAAAAAGAAUAAUUCCACGUCAUUCCUAAUUUCCUUCAAUUUUUCCAAGGAAAGUUUUUACAAGUUCUCAGAUCUACCAUGCGGGGAGAACCAUCAUUGCAAUGUUCAUGUUCUUAAGGUUUUUAAGGGAGAUCGGUUUUCGUUGUUAAAGCAAUGCCAUCUAACAAAGAAGAUUGAGAUUUGGGUGACCAAGAACAAGAUUAUUGAAAACCGUUGCUGUGGAGAUGUGGUAUGGAUGAAUUUCAUGGAAGUGUCAACUCCUAACUUGCCGGAUCUAGUACAGCCAAGUUACUAUAUCGACGAUAAAAAGCUCGUCGUGUGUUCUUGCGAUAAAACUGGUCAAGCUUGGAUCUAUGUUAUGGGGGACAAGAAGUUGAUCACUAAAGUUCAUAUAGAUUCUAUGGUUGAUCCCUGGCUUUUUCAUUGUACCUAUUUCCCCAGUUUGGUCUCAGUUCCUCGAGGUCAAAAAGAAGCAGCAUUACAAGUUUGAUUUCCUUAGUUAGUCUUCCUUCUUUUAUGCUUCUUGAAGAAGCUUCAAUUAAUUGAUUCGGAUUUUGGUAUUUUAUUUACAACUAUCUUCUCUGUUUUCUAGUUUUGCUUCUUUGGACGUAAUCAUUUAUUUUCAAUUUUUAAAGAAAACUAGAUUAAAUGUUUAA